AUGACUAGCCCCUCUGUCUUCGCUUCCGCCCCGCGCAUCCCCGCAGAUGCCAUCUUCGCCUUAACCGCAGAAUUCCUCGCAGACCCGUCUCCGAAGAAGGUCAAUCUCGGCCAGGGAACGUACCGCGACAAUAACGCGCAGCCGUGGGUUCUGCCCAGCGUGAAGAAAGCGCGCAGCAUUAUCGAAGAGAAGGGGCUGAACCAUGAAUAUCUCCCGAUCCUGGGAUUGAAGGGUCUACGAGACGGGAUUGCGGAGUUGGUUUUUGGAGAGGGAUAUGGGGGGGUAUCAGAUAGGCUGGCAACAUCCCAAGCAAUCUCCGGCACAGGCUCACUGCAUCUCGCCGGCAAAAUCCUCAAAUACUGCAGCACCACGCCGUCCCUCCCAAAAGUCUACAUCCCCACCCCAACCUGGUCAAACCACCACCUUGUCUUCUCCUCGCUGGGCUUCGAAUGCGUCUCCUUCCAGUACUACAGCCCCGCCUCCAAAUCCCUCGAUAUAGACUCCUACCUAGCCACCCUGCGCUCCGCAGCCCCAGGCUCCAUUAUCAUCCUACACGCCUGCGCGCACAACCCCACGGGUCUGGACCCGAGUAUCGAGCAGUGGAAGGAGAUUGCGAGCAUUGUGCAGGCGCGUAACCUCUUCCCGCUCUUCGACGCGGCGUAUCUAGGGUUUAACUCUGGGGAUUAUGAUCGCGAUGCUUGGGCGAUUCGACACUUUGUGUCUGACUUGGGACUCGAAGCGGCGGUUUGUUUGAGUUUUGCGAAGAACAUGGGGCUUUACGGAGAAAGAGUGGGAGCGCUCGUCCUAGCAACCACAGAUAAAGAGGUCGCGGGCAAUGCACAGUCAGUGCUGGAGUCGCUGCAGCGCUCUGAGAUCUCGAAUCCGCCGGCCUUUGGAGCGAAGAUUGCCGAGACGAUUAUGCGAGAUGACGGGCUGCGGGGUCUCUGGUUCCAGGAUUUGAAGACGAUGAGUGGACGGAUUCAGGAGAUGAGGAGGGCGUUGUUUGAUGGGUUGAAUACGUAUUCGUCUGGAAACUGGGACCACCUUAUCAGACAGUCUGGCAUGUUUGGGUUCUUGGGACUGUCGAAGGAUGCGGUGAAGACGUUGAAAGAUGAGUAUCAUAUCUACAUGGCGGAGAACUCGCGCGUGUCGAUUGCGGGCUUGAAUACGGGCAAUGUCGACUAUGUGGCUCGGUCGAUUGCGGAAGUCCUGGCGAAGCAGUAG